GUUAUGUCUCUCAAGUACAGUCCAGAUGGGAAGUACCUUGCAGUUGCCCUGGGAGAUAACUGUAUCGACAUUUAUCAAAUCUUACUUCAGUCAACCAUGCCAUACAAACGAGUAGGGUGUUGUAACGAUCACUCAGGUGCCGUCACUCAUGUCGACUUUGAUGCAGAGAGCGGAUAUCUGCGUUCGACCAGCAUGUCCAAUGAAUUGCUUUACUGCGUGAUUCCGAGCGGAAAGCAAAGCGUGAAAACCGAAGAAUUGAGCAAGAAAAAGUGGGCUACACACAAUUGUGUGCUGGGAUGGACCGUAAAGAGCAUAUGGCGACGUGGGUCUACUGGUUCGGACAUCAACUCCAUCGAUCGAUCUCACAGUAAGGGUCAGAGCUCGUCCUGGGGACAUAACGUGUGCGCCACUGGCGAUGAUGACGGGAAAGUGAAGCUUUUCCGCUGGCCUGCCUUCGGGUUCAAGCAAGCCUUCAGGUCAUAUUACGGUCAUGGCAGCUUUGUUUCUCAAGUACGAUUUUCAUACGACGAUGACUACUUGAUAUCUGCCGGAGGCACAGACAUGUCCAUCUUUCAAUGG